AUGUAUGAAGAAAUGGGUUCCAUGACUGAUGAAAUUCACCGCCGCUGCUCUCUUCCUUCUUUGAAAUCUACCAACUCUACCAUGUCCAACCCCGCCCUCGGCGAGGACCGCCGCCUGCCUCCUCUGCCUCGCAUGGAGCCAUUGCCUCGUGGGCCUUUCAACCCCUUCCAGGCCAAGGAAGCAUUUGCUCCCAGCACCCCCGGUGCCCAGGAAUCCUUUCAAUUCAAGUCCUCAUGGUCUAAUGGCGAGCAAAUUGCAGCUCCUCCCUCCCCAGCCAACUCUGCCGAGAGCUCCUGGCAAGAGUCCUUCGCGGCCCAAAAGGGUGUAUCCACCGAAUGGCCCAAUGAUCUCUCUGAAAACGAGAUCAUGACUUUGAUUGCCCCUCAGAACAACAACCGCAAGGCACCCCUGCAGCAGCUCUGUGGCCGGAAGCGCAAGGGUAGCACUAUCUCCCCCGACCCCGAAGACCAGCGUGAAAAGCACCGCAUCGCUGAAGGUAACCGCCGCAAGAACCUGAGCCAACUGCACCGCGAGCUUGAUAGCCGCAUCCACGACUUCUUCCUGGAGCGUGCGGGUUGGAACCCUUCGAAGAGCCUGCCCCAGUCCAAGGAACACAUUGUACAGGGUGCUGUCUACCUGAUUGAUUUCAUGCUGGCUAUCAUCGUGCACCUCAUCCGCCAAGAGCAACAACUGGUUUCCAACCUCCAACAACAGAACCAAACGACACAACAACAGCUACGCGCUGCUAAGGCCGAGAACGAGCUUCUCGCAGACCGUAACCGAGCCCUCGAGUUCCAACUCAAGUCCUACGAGCAGAUGUUCCGCUCUCCCAAGGCCGAAAACACAUCUCCCACGUCCCUCGUCGACGUCCCCGAGCACAAGCGCCAGAAGAAGGCCCUCCCCGGACUGCGAGUCUUCUGUGAUGAGAUCGCCGCCGCAAAUGUCCCCGAGGCUGUACACACCCCAGCCCAAAGCCACUUCGGUCAUCACGACGGUCUCCCUAGCGCCACCUCGCAGACCUUCAGCAGCUCAUACCUCAACUCGACACCACCAACGACUGGGCCAUCGUCUCCUGCUUUCUUCCCCUCGCAAUCAUCAUCGUUCGCCUUCCCUGCCUCGCGUCGUCAGUCCUUGCUUGCGUCGCCAUGA